AUGUCAAAUACGUGGAAUCCAACUGUGGCCAUUGCAGAGCACAUGGAGCGCCUCAGACUCCAAAACGAACAGGCUAGCGCGGGUGACAGAAUAUACCUUGGACGUCCUGUUCCUCUACCGACACUUUCCUUACCCCAAAAUCGACCACCUCCCGCACCAGCUUACAGAGAUCCAUUCAAGCGAAUUCCAUGGUUUGUCCUCAAGUCCCACGGUUGCCAGACUUGCCAACACUCAAUAUUUUGCGCCAAGCUUCGCUGGGUGUCUAUGGUUAUUUGA